AUGGAGUUUGUGUCAGGCAUGAUUAGUAGAUUCACUGAAUCUGUUUUGAAUAUGGAUAUUCAAAAAGCUAUUAGAUUGACCAUCAUUGUUGGUGCUUAUAUAUUAUUCAGAAACAUCGCUUCAAAGCAUUUAACUAAGAAACAACUAGAAAGUAGAGUUCGUCAAGAUGAACAACGUAUUCAAAGGGAAAAGAAAGAAGGUUUAAUCGAAGACCCAAAUAAAAUAUCAGAAAGUAAUUCUUCAACAUCAGGAUUUGGUUGGGGUAAGAAAACUAGAAAGAGAGUACAGAGACAACAAGAAAUGUUUGAGAGAGCAGUUGAUGAUUUAAAGAGAAAACAGGAAUUAGGUGUCACUGAAGACAGUGAUGAUGAAAUUGCUGAUCUAUUGGAAGAUUAA